CCAAAUCAUGGAACUACUUCAACCAGGCAACGUUGAAAUGUGCAUCACCGCAUUAUCACAUUUAACUGUGCCAAGGAGAGCAAACAAAACGCUUACAGCUGUUUAAACAGUUAAAAUAGUCAAAUAAUCAAGCACCACGCUGCUUUCCGUACUUCCCUAGCCUAUAAACAAACCAAUAUUAACGUAAUUAUUCCACUAACCAUUACGCAUUCUACCAGACUAACUCAAGCAAAUCCUGGGAUUCCCCGCUGAAUAAGCACGCAAUACACACCGGGGAAGCACACACUCACCCAACAUCGCAAACAUCACGCAGUGCAAGUGCAAUUCAUCGACACAACCGCAGCGAUAAGAUAAACAAAUAUAAUUACUGCACUAAGCGACAGAAAUCAGUGGAUCAGUCGUGCACGGACGCACAAACGAACAGGUUAGAGACACAUUUUCACAAAAUUAAUAAAAAUUAACAAAAAAACAUACAUAACAUCAUAAAUCUAAUCACAAUCAAGUGAAUGGCAAAUCCCGGACAGUCGCUCCCAAUUGUUGUCCAAUCAUCCGAAACUAAAUCAAGAAUACUCACACCGAUAUUAACUGUAACUAAAGCCUUACCUAAUGUUGUUACACUGCCAGCACCACCAUUACUAGCAUUUAAGCCUAGUUUACCUGCGAUACAACCAAAAACACCUCCAUUGGUGUCCAUUUCCACUCCGAGUGCUACGCCAACCAUCACCAAGAUCAGCAACAUCAAAGUAGUGAAGAAAAUGAAUGUACCCUUUGCAAACAUGGAGAUGUCACAGGAAUUACUGCUCAAAAGUCGACUUAUUAACGAAUUCAGUAUGCAGGGUGUCACUUUCACUCAAGAAAUGCUGACAAUCAUCAGUAAUUAUUGGCAGGAGUCAAAAAAAGUUUAUUCUGAGAAGUGUAAAGUCCUAGAGAAUGAUUUAUCAAAGUUAAGACACAAAUGUGAUGCACAAGAAGCGAAAAUCAAAGAAUUGGAGUGUUUGCUGAGUGAAAGUCAAGAGAAAAUCAAAGAAAAUGAUGAGAAUCAAUGCUUGCACAGUAAUAUGGAUGAAGUAUUGAAGAUUAUCCGGUAUUUAAACAUGAAAUUCCUCGCGGAUGUUGAGAUAAACCUGCGGGAUUCACAGAAAACGCUUUGUAAACCCAGUUGGAAGAUUCCAGAAGAAAAACCGGUUGUCGAAGAGAAAAUACCUGAAGAUUUGGGGAGUUUAGCGUCGAAAUUGUAUGAAUUAAUACAGAUAUCAUCCAAUGAUGAUUUAAAACUAUACCAUGCGCAAUUAACCACACUCUGGGAGUUGUUAUAUGUGAAAAUUGAUGUUGAUAUGACUUCUCACAUGUUUUCUGACAAGAUGCUUGAGCAAUCAAGUGAUAUGAAUGAAUUGAUACAAGAUGUCAAUAUGGGUGUGCAGUUGCCUGUGCCACAGAUACAAGUGGUGCCAACCAUUGAGAAUAAUAGUGUGAAUAGGGUUGCCGAACCUGCGCCUAAGUCGAAAGGUGUGUUUCGCGUGCAUCGAUUGCCCCAGUAUAUGAAAUCGUGCGGCGAGGAAAUUAAUGGCGCUGGAGAUCGACAGAUACAUCGUGAGGUCGUGCUGAAUAACUUACCGGAGGUGAAACGGCAUUGUAUCGCGUUGAAACUGAUGUUUAUGGGUGUGGAUGUUGUCAAUGAAGAUUAUCAAACGCCAUUACACUUUGCUGUCAUUCAUAGCGCAUCCAUUGACGUCAUUUGUACAUUGUUGAAAUACAAUGCGGAUAUAUGUAAGGCAGACAGUGAUGGCAACACUGUGAUGCACUUCGCUGUGGAGAGUGAAUCGCUGAGCAGAUUGCUGCAACCAAGUGUGCGUGAAUUGGUCGAUGAUGUCACGUAUCGUAGAUUGGUUAAUAAGACGAAUAAUGAGGGCUAUUCACCGCUGCAUCUUGCCGCGAUGCAUGGUAAAAAGAAGCAGGUGGAGGAGUUGAUCGCGUUGGAGGCGAAUGUUGAUUGCUGUGAUUCGAAAUCCGGGCGGACGGCGUUGUAUCAUGCGAUUGAGAAUAAUUACGUUGACAUUGUAAACAUCUUAAACAAUCACAACGCCGACCCACACAUCCGCAACUACUCAGGCACAUCAAUCAUCGACGCUCUGGCCGACGCCGAAUCCGACUUCUCCCCCGAAAUGAAGCGAAUAUUCUACGAUGCUCGACAGAAAGUCAUCGCUGCACGGGAUCCCGACGAUCCAUUCGAGACUGCAUCGAGCAGCAGCAGCAGAAAACGAAUAAAACGCACGCGCAAAAUGAAAUUGGACAAUAUAGGCAAAAAACUAAAAUCAUAACAGCCUAAACACAAUUAAAUAGUAUCUAAUAGCAUAACAAAUUUAUAAAUUAUACAUACAAAGUCCUAAACUAAGUUUUAUUAGUUUAGAAUUAAGAUUUAAAUUAAUUUUCAUGAAAAUUCAUUAAUUUUGAUCAUUUUUUGCUAAUUUCUCGUAAACGCUGCCAGCUAUAGCAAUGAAUUCAAUUAAUUUAUAUCCUUAGUUAAAUUCUGCAUCUUUUAAAGAAUAUGCUUUGUUUUUUUCUUGUUAUUGUAAAUAGUUAUCGCUAAAUUAAGUGUAUGACAUUGAUUUGGGUAUAAUUCUGUAAAAAUUCACGCGGAUUUAUAAAUAUUGUUAUAAUUACACGUAGAAUUUAAUUGUUAA